AUGACACACAUGAAAACGAUCAAAUGCUUGGUAGCUGCUGCAGUAGCGAUAUCAGCUUUUCUUAUCUGUCGCACCGACUGCUCAUUAAUGAAUCAAAAUCACCACAGCCUCAAACAGCAACAAGAAGCCAUUAAUUAUUUUAUUGACGCUGAUGAUGACGACAACAAAGAAGAUGAAGAUGGCAGUCCUUAUCUGGAUGUUUCUGAGAAGUUGAUCAACUUGGCACUUUCCUCACAAGAGCCUCACCGGGCGGGACAGUUCAAAGUUGACAAAAAGAGACGCCAUCUUUUCGUCGGAAAACGCGCAUCUCUCAAAAAUGACGUCACCUAUGACAGAAACAAAGAACCUGUUAAAAGAACUCAUUUAUUCGUUGGAAAACGCCCAUUACUUAAAGAUGAUGUCACAUAUGACGACACCAAAGAAUUAGAGAAAAGAACUCAUUUAUUUGUUGGAAAACGCCCAUUUCUCAAAGAUGACGUCACGGAUGACGAAAACCAAGAAUUAGAGAAAAAAGCUCAUUUAUUUGUUGGAAAACGCCCAUUUCUCAAAGAUGACGACAACCAAGAAUUAGAGAAAAAAGCUCAUUUGUUCGUUGGAAAACGCCCACUUCUCAAAGGUGACGUCACGGAUGACGACAACCAAGAAUUAGAAAAAAGAGCUCAUUCAUUCGUUGGUAAACGCCCAUUUCUCAAAGAUGACGUCACGUAUGACGACAGCAAAGAGCUAGAGAAAAGAACUCAUUUGUUUGUUGGAAAACGUGAGGAAGAUGACUCGAACAGUGACUAUUUGAGCGUCAAAGACUUUCUUUCUUCGGACCGACAAGACAAAAAUGACGAUGUCGUGAUGUCAACGAAUUUUAGAAAUAUUUUACCAGGUAAAAGACAUCACAUGUUUGUGGGAAAAUAA